AUGAGUUCAGGUAGGCCAAUCAAGUGUGUCGUGGUUGGAGAUGGGACAGUUGGAAAAACCUGUAUGUUGAUAUCUUAUACAACAGAUAGUUUUCCUGGUGAAUAUGUGCCUACUGUAUUUGAUAAUUACUCAGCACCAAUGGUAGUCGAUGGAAUUCCUAUCAGCUUAGGUCUGUGGGAUACUGCUGGACAAGAAGAUUAUGAUAGAUUAAGACCAUUGUCAUAUCCACAAACAGACGUAUUUUUAAUUUGUUUCUCGGUAACAAGUCCAUCGUCAUUUGAAAAUGUUACUAGCAAGUGGUAUCCGGAAAUAAAGCACCACUGUCCUGAUGCACCUAUGAUCCUUGUUGGUACAAAGAUUGAUUUACGUGAUGAUCGUGAAACGUUGACUUUACUUGCUGAACAAGGAUUAAGUGCCAUCAAGCGUGAACAAGGACAAAAAUUAGCUAAUAAGAUACGAGCAGUCAAGUACAUGGAGUGUUCAGCGUUGACGCAAAGGGGUUUAAAACAAGUUUUUGAUGAAGCAAUACGUGCCGUACUGCGACCUGAACCUCAAAAACGUCGUCAAAGAAGAUGUACCCUACUGUAA